GUUUCCUGCUUCAUUCCUCUCGAGUCUCGAUUCCAAAGCCCUGCACCAUCAUCGCCUUGGCCUUUGCGUUACCGCAUUCUACGGACGAGGGAAAGAACCCUAGCGAUGGCUUCCAUGCCUGUUCCAGAUGGUCAAUGCGUAAAAGCUAGGAUUUGUACUUCUGAAACGCUCACUUUCCUUUUGUGGAUCUCUCUCCUAUAGGCUGAUACAGUACUUAUUAAAUCCGAUUGAUGUAUACUCACGUUAUGGUCGACUCUAACAAGGAUUCGACUGGGAGCUUUCUUGGGGUCAAGAAAAUCACUGUUGUGUUUGUUUUAGGUGGUCCUGGUUGUGGAAAGGGCACACAAUGCACAAAAAUUGCCGAAAACUUUGGCUUUACCCAUCUUAGUGUUGGUGAACUUUUACGUGAAGAAGUGAAAUCUGGUUCUGAAGAUGGAGCUAUGAUUCGUAACAUGAUGAAGGAAGGACAAAUUGUUCCCCCAGAAGUAACAAUUAAGCUUUUACUAAGGGCCAUUCUUGAGAGUGGAAAUGAUAAAUUUCUUAUUGAUGGGUUUCCCAGAGAUGAAGAGAAUCGUGCAGCCUUUGAGAGUAUUACCAAUGUGGAACCAGAUUUUGUGCUAUUUCUUGAUUGUCCAGAGGAGGAGAUGGAACGGCGUAUUUUAGCUCGCAACCAGGGAAGAGUUGAUGAUAGCAUCCAGACAAUGAGGAAACGCUUUAGAGUUUAUAUGGAUUCCACUGUCCCUGUACUUGAUCAUUACAACUCAAAAGCCAAAUUGCGGAAGGUUGAUGCUUCAAGGCCCAUUGAUAAGGUUUUUGAAGAUGUGAAAGUUAUUUUUGCUCCAUUUGGUGCCAAGGCCAAUAAUAGCAUGAGAAGAUCAAGCAUCCGUAUGGGAAUGGGACAUGAAAGGGUGAUUUCUCUUGUUGAAAGGUUAUGUAGAGCCACAAGAGACAUAAUAGCUUAUAUAUUCUCGAAGUUAAGAUCAUUCUACCCUCCUGCUUGCAUUACGAGAAAAGCCUUGAAAUCGACCUAAGCAAAGAUUUCUACGAUAGAACAAGCACCAUUAUUGUACUUCCUGUUACACGUCUCUCAUCUACAUGACUCCAUAUUGUGGAGGACAUUCUAUAUUUAAGUGACGAGAAGAUGGAAUUAUCUAACUCAGCAUGCAAGAUUUCUCAUUUUAGAUUCAUUCACUAAGACUAGCUCGGUCCGACACUCUCUAGGCUGUGGCGUGCCGAGCUCAAGCCACGAAUGGGCUCAGGUUAGGUGGUGUCUGGCUGCCUGAAUGAAGGUUGAUCAAAUGCAUGAGCUGGGCCAUUCAUUACCUGUGUGCCUAGUUCAGUCGGUUUUAUCUAUAGUCUGUAAGUACUCCUGAUCCUCUUCAUUAUGCAAUUGGUGCUUUGUAUAGUCCAGCUAGGAAGCAUAUAAUUGAUGGUUGUAAUUAGCGGUGCAAACUCCGAAUAAUAUAAAAAAUAUUAAUAUUUGAGUUUAUA